AUGUCAAAUCUAAAAAUGAAAGAAGCAGCCCUUAUCUAUCUUGACAGAAGUGGAGGGCUCCAAAAGUUUAUAGAUGACUGCAAGUACUACAAUGAUUCAAAACAAAGUUAUGCUGUCUAUCGAUUCAAUAUUUUAAUAAAUCCCUCUGAUGUUGUUGAAUUAGAUGGUGAACUUGGAAAUCACAUUUUACAUCAGCCUUUAAAAGCUGCUCAAGUUUUUCAAUCAGUCUGUUUUACUGCUGUUAAGACUCUUUCAUUAAUUGGACAAUUACAGACUGAAACUCAAAUUAAUAUAGUGCUGAAGCUAACACAUUUACCUCCUCUGCCAAGUUAUAGUCUUAAUGUUUAUGAGUUCCCACUUGAUUAUACAUCUCAAAGAUUUUAUAUGAUGCAAGGAAUUGUGAUUGCAAUGACAACUGUAACCAAGUAUACACAAGGUGCAAGAUUUCUUUGUUCAGAUGAAACAUGCCCUCUUUCAAAAGGAUUUCAGUAUGUAAGAGUGCAUGUGCCUGGUGCUACAGAAUCUGCAACAGUAAGAAAUGACUUUUUGUGUAAUCUGUGUUCAUCUUCACUUCAAGAAGACAGGAAAUUUAGAGUACUUGGUGAUAAACAGAUAAUUGAAAUAAUUACUGCAAAGGCACUUCAUGCUUUUCAAGGAUACUCUAACAACCAGCCAUUUAGGUUUCAAUCUCUUACAAUUUUCCUAAGAGAUGAAUCAGUGAACAAAAUGAGUAUAGGAAAUGAGUAUAAAAUUAUUGGAAUUCCAACCUGUGUAAAAACUUUACAAACUUCUGUUUGUAUAGAGGCAAACAGCAUCACUUUUUGCAAUCCAAAAGUUCCUUCAGGAAUUAGUGACAAUUUCAGGUGUCUCCUCUCUUUGACUGCCAGCUCAUGCUGGAAAUUUACAGCAAUACUUACCAAUAUCUUUGCAUCACACAUUGUUCCUCCUGGGACUUACAAUUUGCUGAAGCUCUGUUUGCUGAUGAGUCUAGUACAGACCAGUGACUUUAACAAAGAAGUGGAAGACUGCCUGGAUAUUUUAAUUGUAACAAGUGAUUCUCUACUUGUAGACAGGCUUUUGAAUUUUAGUAUAAACCUUGUGCCCCGUGGUAUACGUCACCCAGUCUCUGGUGAAAUUUUUCCUACACUAUCCAGGAAUAAUUAUGGAACUGGAGCAGUUAGCAUUCAAGCUGGCAGUUCUUUGCUAGCUAAAGGUGGUGUUUGCUUUAUAGGAGACUUGGCUUCACACAAAAAAGAUAAACUUGAACAGCUUCAAUCAGUUAUGGAAAGCAGAAGCAUCACAGUAUACAUCCCUGGAAAGAAGUUUGGGGAUGAUAUCGAUCAACAAAUGACUUUUCCAAUUCAGUGCAGUUUUUGGUCUUUCGUUGAUAUGGAAUCAUCUUCAAGGAAAAGCACGCAGAAAACCAACACUCUAAUUGGUCAGAUGGAUUGCAGUUUAAUUCCAGCUAAUCUUGUAGAGGCAUUUGGAUUGUUGAUUAACUGUAAUGAAUCAUCUCCUUGCCACCCAUUUCUUCCUACUGUGCAACAUACUUUAAAAAAAGCCAUUGAUCCUGAAGGGCUGCUUUAUUUAGCUUCUGAACAGUUCACAACAGAAGAUUUUGAAAAGCUGCUGGCUCUUGCAAAGAAUUUGAAUGUAGAAUUCAGCUUGGAGGCAGAAAGAAUGAUUCAUGGCUAUUAUUUAGCAAGUCGCAGAAUCAGAACUGAUUCUGUAUGUGGAUCAAAACUGUCAGCAUCUGCAUUGAAAUAUUUAGUUUCCCUAUCUGAAGCCCAUGCUCGACUGAACUUAAGGAAUAAAGUGUUUAAAGAAGAUGUACUAAUUGCAGCCUUAUUAUUUGAAACCUCUCUCACAUUGAAAUAUGGGGCCACUGUAUUUUGUGUUGCUCCAAAUGCAGUAUUUCCAUUUGAACUAUAUAAUGAAGAAUAUUUAGAAAAAAGGGACAUCUAUCUUACUCAAUGCCAACAACAGCUCCUACAGUUUAUUGCCACAUAUGGACCUGGGACAGCUCUUUUCGCUAGUGAUGAAUAG